AUGGAGUUGCAAGCCUUCCUAGGCUUGCUCAACUUCUACAGUGUCUUCCUAAAGAAUAAAGACACCAUUGCUGAGCUACUCCAUAAGCUCCUGGCCAAAAACAGUGUAUGGUCCUGGGGACCCAAAGAAGCUGCUGCUUGUUUGGUGGUAAAACACCUCUUGUCUGAGGACAGCUUCCUAAUCCAGUACAAUGACACCAUGCCAUUGGUUCUUCCAUUUUCUCGAUGCAAUGACCCUUGUUUCCCUGGAUCCUGGAAGAAGGGGAUUGAGGGAAAUCAAUUCUGCUGCUAUGACUGUGUUCCAUGCCCUGAAGGGAAGAUUUCAGAUCAAAAUGAUAUGGAUGACUGUUUUGAAUGUCCAGAAGAUCAUUAUCCAAAUAAAGAAAAGAAAGGAUGUAUCCAGAAACUGGUGGUGUUUUUAACCUUUGAAGAAACCUUAGGAAUUGGUUUAGCUUCAGCAGCUCUUAGUUUCUUCUUCUUGACAUCUUGGAUACUUGGAACUUUUAUUAAGCACAGAGAUACUCCCAUUGUCAAAGCCAACAACAGGUCCCUCACCUACACCCUCCUUGUCUCUCUUCUUCUCUGUUUUCUCUCCUCUUUGGUUUUCCUCAGCCAGCCAAGCAAAGUAACCUGCCUUCUCCGACAAUCAAUGUUUGGUGUCACAUUCUCAGUGUCUGUUUCUAGUGUACUGGCCAAAACUAUCACAGUAGUUGUGGCUUUCAUGGCCACUAAACCAGGAUCUCAGAUGAGGAAAUGGGUGGGAAAAAGAUUGGCUCUUUCUAUUGUCCUUUCCUGUUCUCUCUUCCAAGUAUGUAUUUGUAUUCUUUGGUUGUCAACAUUUCCUCCAUUCCCUGAGUUGGACAUGCAAUCAGAGCUUCAAGAAAUGAUUUUACAAUGCAAUGAGGGAUCACCUUUCUUUUUCUACUGUGUCUUGGGCUACAUGGGUAUCUUGGCCAUGGCCAGCUUUAUAGUGGCUUUUUUUGCCCGUAAAUUGCCCAACAGCUUUAAUGAAGCCAAGUUCAUCACUUUCAGCAUGUUGGCCUUCUGCAGUGUGUGGAUAUCCUUCUUUCCAUCCUAUCUGAGCACAAAAGGCAAAGCCAUGGUAGCUGUGGAGGUCUUCUCCAUCUUGGCCUCCGGUGCUGCACUACUGGGAUGCAUAUUCUUUCCAAAGUGCUACAUCAUUGUUUUACGGCCUGAGCUAAACCACAGGGAGCAACUCAUAAAGAGGAACUAA